AUAAUAGUUGCUCCGAAGCGCGCCCCCCAAGUCACGCCAUUUGCGAGCUCAUUUUCAUUUUGUGUAAAUCCAAGACUGAUUUUGCCUGCGGGUCGCGCGACAAACUGCUCAGCGUCUCCGUUCUCGGUUAUACGAGUGAGUGCCACAUUUUACAAACAGCCGAAACCGAAGUGACCGACGACUUUGUUCGUAACGGAGAAUCUCCUACAAAUCGGCAAAAUGAACGGUUUCUACGGCCUUGUCUUCGCAUGCUUCGUGGUUCCGACGCUGCAGUUGGCUUCAAGUAUGCCGACUAAGAAGGCAAUGAUGGACAACGGAAGUAUGAAGGGGCACGGGAAGCAGCAAGGGUCGCCUGGCUGGUAACAUAAUGCCGAGCACGAUAUCGCCGUCCAGUGCACCGAGUGGCGAAGACGAGGACGAGUCCAUGGAAAGCGAGAGCAAGGAAGCGGAUCAGAUCGGCGAAGGUGCGAAGAACUGCACGAUGCCGGGUAUGGACAUGAGCGAAAAAAAGGACAUGGCCAACGGCGGCAUGAAAGGCGGCGCGACAGCCUCCCCAACAAAAGCCAUGAUGAACAACGGCAACAUGGGCAUGCGCAUGACAAAGGCAAACUGCACCGAUCAGCCAAUGGGAGGCAUGAGGAGAGGUGGUGGGAAUAACAUGAGGCCAUCGACGAUGAUGAUGAACGAGAGGGGCAAGAUGCAGUCUGCAAUGACGACGCCGAAGGGACGUCGAAAUUAACAGCACUUGCCUGAGGAAUAUGGUCUUGACUCUUCAUCGCGGCUCAAUAACCUGCCUAAAUAAAACCAGCAGCUGGGAUUCAAAGAAAAACACCUGACACC